GUGGGGGGUAAUAGGAGCCUAUAUAAAAAAAAGCCCCAAAUAUCGGGACUGUCCCUAUAAAAUCGGGACAUCUGGUCACCCUACACGGGGGUGAUGCUGAAGUACGCACACCACUGGGUCCCGGGCCCCGGGGCGGGGUGUCCCUCGCUUGUAACAGUCGAGACAUGGGCGGGUGUUGGGCAGAGGGACUGUGGUGAGUCCCUCGCACCCAGUGGUUGUGUCAGGGCCCGUGUCCCCGGGGGAUGCUGCAGGUGAUGAGGGCGAAUGCCGCUGUAGCUUGAAUCAGAGGAGUAGCCGUGUUAGUCUGAAUCUGUAAAAAGCAACAGAGGGUCCUGUGGCACCUUUAAGACUAACAGAAGUAUUGGGAGCAUAAGCUUUCGUGGGUAAGAACCUCACUUCUUCAGAUGCAAGUAAUGGAAAUCUCCAGAUCUGUAGCUUGAGUGUAUGAGGGGAGGGUUGCCAGGCUUGUUGCCCACCCGCUUCAAAUCUGUGGUGUGAUGUCCCACCUGCCAAGUCCUGUUUGUCAAGAGGGAGACUGUCUCCUUUGUAUGUUCAUCUAAAGACCGCUUUUAAAAGCAUCGACUUCUCAUGGAAAAAUGACUUUUGCUUUGUAGAACUAUUGGAAAACUCCCUGGCUGGAAUUGUCCUGGUGUGACGUGUGUAGUCUGGGGAACCCUGUCGCCCCCUGUGGUUGCCCGAGUGGGAACUUGCCCGUCCCUGUCUUGCCCCGUUGUUGUAACAGUUUGCAAUUCAAUUGCAAUUCAGAAGCUGCAACAGGGUGUAGGCUUAAGAAUAUGUUGUACCUUGAACAAGAGUAGACACAAACUAGGACCCAAAUGAAGUGUUUCAAAGUGCUCAAAAAAUGAGCAAGAUUUUAAGUGUUUUACUUUCAGUGAAACAGUAAAAUUCACCAUAUCUAGAUAGAGAGACUUUAAACACUGCCUUAAAAUGAAUGCCAAAUAGGUCGUCUUGGCAGCUCCUCAAUGAUUUUUUUUCUCUUCCCACUCUUGGGGGCCCUAUUUAAAAAUCUCAGAGCUCCAUCACUCUAAAUAUGUUACUUGAUUCACUGCUUAUAUAUGCUGUAUCUUUUGGCAUAUUUGGAAUGUUAUUCGUUUACUUGAUUGCAAUUGAUACUAAAUUUAAAAGCUUCAUUGGUUGUUUUGCUUUAUAUAAUGUGUAUUCCUCAGCAAGUGGAUGUUUAAGUGGAUUCUAUUGUACUAGGAACAAUACACAAGGAUUUAGUUUUAUAAAUAUGUUGAGUGGAUUGUAAGCAAUUUUAUGUAUUAUUUGUAGGUACAUUUAACAGCUUUUUUGAUUCUUUUCAUGUGUAACUUUCAAUACCUGGAAAUAUUUUUUUUAAAGUUGAUAACCAAACCUAAAAGAUGUUACUUUGCCAGUUGUACUGCUGCUUGCAUAACAGAUUAAAUUGAAAUACGUUUUUCCAGAUGGGCACUGCUGCAGAUUUAAAUAGUGAACAAAAUGUUAUCAUACACUGGAUGUCCAAUGCUUCCUGUUCCGGAGAUAUACUAAAUCCUAGUUUCCAUAUUUGGAAAACCAAUAGAGAUGGACAGUCAUCUGGAACUGUAAACAUAAGUCACCCAGUUAAAAUGCUGCAUGUUUCAAACAGCAGUUCUAUAAGUGAAGACUCCAUGCAUGAAGAACAAAUCUUGGAGUCUGGCUGCCCUUGUGGACUUCAGUUAAAUACAACUGAAACAACUUUUCCAGUUGCAGCAUUUCAUUUGGUCAAGAAAAAACCCAUGUUAACACUUAAAGAUGCUCCUGCUCUGUGGAAAGCCCCUAAAACUGACUCUGUAUGUGAUGAGGGGGAUGAUCAGAAUGAAGCAGAUUACAGCGAUCCACUUCUACAAAAGCUUGAACAGCUAAAAGCAAUACAGCAGCAGAAACAAGAACAGUUGAAGAAGCAACAGAUGGAACAACUUCAAAGGCUUAUGGAAGAGCAAAAGAAACUACUUAUCAUGGUAUCUGGCCAUCAAGGACUCCCUGGAGAAAGCACUUGGUGUCCAAAACAAAAGAUGGAAAAGUCUGUUGGAGGUGAAGACAGUGACGCUGAUCAUUUAUGUUCAAGAAAUGUAGAUUUGUCUGAAAGUCCCAAUGGAAGAAAAUGCUUACAAGCAGCUAACAUAGAGGAAAGGCCUAUUAAAGCUGGGAUUCAGGAGAGGAAACAGACGUUUGAAGAAUUCCUUGAAGAACAGAUACGAUUAGAAGACCAGCGCCUGAAGCAAAAAGAGGAGCAACAGGAAGUGGGAAGGUCAACCUUUCAGAAACUACUGACAAGACGACCCUUUCUGAAACGGGGAGAAGGCUUAACUAGGUUCACUAAUGCCAAAUCUAAAGUAACUAAGUAUAAAGAAAGCAAACUGAUGACUCAGCAAAGUACUUUGGAGGACAGAAAUGUUGUUAAAGUGGACAGACCACAAAUACAGCGGAAAACUGCACCUUUAAGCAAGGAACAGGUUUCUGAAAUUUUUGCUGUGCCCUCUAAAAAAUGUAACCGAGCAGCUAAAACAACAAAUGAUUCUGUCUUCCCUGUUCAGAAGGCCAUAGUACUCAAGAAUCAUAUUGGAAAAAAUAUAUCGCCACCAACAGCGAGACUGCAGACUGAGAAGAAUCUUGGACAGUUCAGAGAUUCUUUCAGAUCAGAAAUCAACAGCAAAUUUGAAAAUAAAGAAAACAUAAUGGAGUUUGCCAGGCCAACUGACAAAUUUUCAGAUACAGAAAAGCCUCAGCUGUCCACAGAAUUUACCAAAACUUUUUCUCUUUCCAAAUGUUCUACAAGUCACCCUGUAAAAGAUCCAGAACUUUCUUUUGAACUUUCAUUCCAAAAUAAGUUGGAAAACUGGGAAAAAGAAAAGGAAAAAGAGAACAUAGAAUUAGAUGAAUUUUUGUUUCUAGAACAGGUUGCUGAUGAAGUAUCUUUCUCGAGUAAUUCCUCAUUUGUACAACUGUUCUUGGAUCGAGAUCAGCAAAUUUCAAAAGGCCGUAGAAUGUCUUCUACCCCUGUCAAAGCAAUGCUGCAGCAGCAGCAGCAGCAGCAGCAGAUGAAUGCCCUAGAUAUUAUAAAUAACAAAAAUAAAAAAGCAGAAAUUAUCUUACAAGGAAAUAAAAAUGACAGGGCAAUUACACAUACAGUCUUGGAUUUGAGGGCAUCUGUUAGACUAAGGGACCAAUUCAAUAAAACAGAUAAUAAAAUAUUUCAGACUUCUUCCACUGCAGCAUCUCCAACUUUAAAAAGCACUGAAUGGAAUGUAAAUGAAGAUAAAGAUGAUGGAAGCAGUGUCAUUACUACAAAGUCUGAGGAGGAACUUGAGACCACCUUAAAAUGUGCAAAUGAAGAUGCUAAAAAGUUCAUUUUGAGCAUCAGAGAAGAUAAUCCAGUAUUCUGUGAUUGCACAGGACCUGUCAAAGACCUCAGCAAAGAAAGCAAAAGUAGGGAUGUUGAUCUUGACUUAUCGGACAAAGAUUAUAGUAGUGAUGAAUCCAAUUUGCUACCAAAUCAGAGUAAUAGCAAAGUGUCUGAAUCUCAAAGACAUGUUUCAUGUACAAAUAGGAAUAAGGUUGAAUUUGAUGAUGAAAGAACAUGGACUGACCUUCAAGAAAAUGAGAUUCAACAUGAAGCACCCCAAAAUGAUACCAUUAAAGUACCUCCACAAACUGACUAUUACAAUAAAAGUGAAAUGGCUGCCCCAGAUAAAACAAUAAAGAGGAAGGUUGCUUCAAUAAAGAAGGGAGAUGAUUUGCCCAAACAGAGUGUGACAGAUGGUGAUGCAAGUACACCUCCCACAUCAGACCUCAUGAUGAAACUCUUUCCUUCACUGAAUCCUAAACAGAAGCCAGACUCUCAUGCAAGGCAUGAAACCAAAUCAAAUGUGGGACAAGAAGAAGCAGGAGGAGACAUUGUUCGAUCCCGGGUACUCAGAGAGAAGCUUGUUGAAUUGGAAACAGAAAUUGAAAGAUUCAGAGCUGAAAAUGCAUCUCUAACAAAACUCCGUGAAGAACGAGAGAGCUCCUUAGAAAAUCUCAGGAAAGAAAUAGCAGACUUUGAACAGCAGAAAACAAAAGAAUUGGCUCGGAUAGAAGAAGUUAAAAAAGAAGAAAUGAGAAAACUCCAAAAAGACCGUAAAGUUUUUGAAAAAUAUUCCACAGCAGCUAGAGCGAUGCCAGAUAAAAAGGAGCGUGAUGAAAUUCAGGCUUUAAAACAGCAGCUUGCAGACUUGCAGGAAGACUUAAAGCGAAGAGAAGCAAAAUGGUCAACUACUCACGGUCGCCUUAGAAACCAGAUAGAAACCUUAACAAAGGAGAACACGGAGUUAAGGGAAGAGAUCAAAAUCAUGGAAAGAUUUCGUCUAGAAGUUUGGAAGAAAGCAGAAGCUGCUGAAAGCAACAGGAAAGCUGAAAGUUCUGGAAUGAAUUUGAAGAGAGCAGAGUCUAUAAAAAGCCUUCUAGAAGACCUAAAUCAGCACCUGUUAGUGAUGGGAGUAACUUUGACAAGACCGUGACGACACUAGAAGAUUCCUCUAGGACUUUUAUGAUAGACAUGUCCCCUACUGAAAUAUGUGUGCCAUUAGAGCCCCCUACUCUUGUGUCUGCAGGCAGUGAAGAAAUACAGGGAGAAAUUAACUAUCCUGAUGGAAAG